GCCAUAACAUAACCUCUUGAUAUGUUGUUGAGGAUAUCAAUGAUAUAUCAAAACAAUGAGAGUUAAAACAAUUAUUUAUUAACCAAAAUAAAUAAUAAAUUUAUUUAUUUUUAUAUAUUUACAAAAAUAGUUACAAAAAAUGUCUACUCCUAGAACUUUACCGCAAAGUAAAGAAGCUCUUUUAAAAUCUUAUACAACUAGACUAAAAGAUGAUGUAAAGUCAAUGUUAGAAAACUUUGAAGAAAUAAUAAAACUAGCGAAAGGAGAAAAUGAUUCUCAACUAUCCCGGAUGACUCAGUGUGAGCAAGAUACUUAUGAAAUGCACGUCAGAGCAGCUAAUAUUGUUCGUGCUGGAGAAUCAUUAAUGAAACUAGUGUCAGAUAUCAAGCAAUAUCUCAUACUAAAUGAUUUUCCAUCUGUGAAUGAAGCAAUAGCAACAAAUAGUAAAUUAUUUAGACAGAAACAAAUGGAGUGUGAUCAAAAACUAGCUUCUUUACGUGACGAUAUGGCUGCUGAUUUAUAUGAUCUCGAAGAAGAAUACUAUACAUCAAUAUAUAAAUAAAGAUUUAGGAAGUGAAUUGUAAAUAAGUGAUACUUAAUAUUAAUAAGGACUUACGUUUUUUAUUCAGUAUUUUUAACACACAGAGAAUACAUCACUCAAUAUAUUCUAAUUCGUAAAUAUUCAAAUAGUUGUAUGAAUUAAAAAGCUUGAAGAAUAAACAUAAAUCU